UCUUCUGCUAUAUCGGAGUUAUCCUUAAGUCUCUGGGGUCUUUUCAGUUGGAACUGUUGCCAUGGAGACUUCCUGAGAUGCUGCCAAUUUACCUUCCAGAUAGAGAGGGCUGGGCAUGGCUGCAGGGUGUGAAUCAAGCCAGACGCUGCCCCGGGAGGCUGGGCCAGUCAUGGAGGGGGAGUCGCGUGUGCCCACUGCCCGUGAUAUGGUGGAGGCCGACCGCUUCGCCUGUGCUGCCCUCUGUGGCAUCUCUCUGUCCCAACUAUUUCCAGAACCUGAGGAAAGCUCUUUCUGCACGCAGUUUGUAGCGGGCCUGGUGAAGUGGCUGGACUUGUCUGAAGCUGUCUUGCCGACCAUGACUGCCUUUGCCAGCGGCCUCGGAGGAGAAGGAGCAGAUGUGUUUGCUCAGAUUUUAUUGAAGGACCCCAUCUUGAAGGAAGACCCCAUGGUGAUCACCCAGGACCUUCUGAGCUUCUCUCUCAAGGAUGGGCACUAUGACGCACGGGCCCGCGUCCUCAUCUGCCACGUGAGCACCCUCCUCCACGUGCCCCUGGGGGAGCUGGACCUGCUGGAGGAAACGUUCCUUGAGAGCCUGAAGGAGACCAAAGAGGAAGAAUCUGAGAUGGACCCCUUGGCAUCCCGGAAGAAGAAAGAAACCCGCCGGAAAUGGAAGCGUUAUCUCCUGAUAGGCCUGGCGACUGUCGGAGGCGGGACAGUGAUCGGUGUCACCGGAGGUCUGGCCGCCCCUCUGGUUGCAGCCGGAGCCGCGACCAUCAUUGGCAGUGCCGGGGCGGCGGCUCUGGGCUCAGCGGCCGGCAUAGCCGUCAUGACCUCGCUGUUCGGCGCGGCGGGAGCCGGCCUGACAGGAUAUAAGAUGAAGAAGCGUGUGGGGGCCAUCGAAGAGUUCACCUUUCUGCCCCUGGCAGAAGGCAGGCAGCUGCACAUCACCAUCGCCAUCACGGGCUGGCUGGCGUCCGGCAGAUACCGCACCUUCAGCGCCCCGUGGGCCGCCCUGGCCCGCAGCCGUGAGCAGUACUGCCUGGCUUGGGAGGCCAAGUACCUGAUGGAGCUCGGCAACAGCCUGGAGACCAUCCUGAGUGGCCUUGCCAACAUGGUAGCCCAGGAGGCCCUGAAGUACACGGUGUUGUCUGGCAUCGUGGCCGCCCUGACCUGGCCGGCUUCGCUCCUCACUGUCGCCAACGUCAUUGACAACCCCUGGAGCGUGUGUCUCCACCGGUCAGCAGAGGUCGGCAAGCACCUGGCACACGUCCUGCUCUCCCGGCAGCAGGGUCGGCGACCCGUGUCCUUGAUUGGCUUCAGCCUGGGAGCCAGAGUCAUCUACUUCUGUCUGCAAGAAAUGGCUCAGGAGAAGGAUUGCCAAGGCAUCAUCGAGGACGUGUUCCUGCUGGGCGCGCCCGUGGAGGGGGACGGCAAGUACUGGGAGCCUUUCCGGAAGGUGGUGUCUGGGAGGAUCAUCAACGGCUACAGCAGGGGCGACUGGCUGCUGAGCUUCGUGUACCGCACGUCCUCCGUGCAGCUGCGUGUGGCCGGCCUGCAGCCCGUGAUGCUGCAGGACAGGAGGGUGGAGAAUGUGGACCUGUCCUCCAUCGUCAGUGGCCACUUAGACUAUGCCAAGCAGAUGGAUGUCAUCCUGAAGGCAGUCGGCAUCCGCACCAAGCCAGGCUGGGACGAGAAGGGGCUCUCACUGGCCCCCAGCAGCCUGCCCAAAGAGGAGCCGCACCAAACAGCAGCCACCGCCUCAUCAAAUAACAUCAGCCGCCAGGAGGGGCAAACGCUGGAUCCCGCACCUGGAGAUGCUCCCCCAGUGGGUACACCCACCGAACCCAGCCAAGCUCAGGUGCCAGCGGGGCUGGGCCAAGCUGGAGGGGUUCCUGCCGCUCCCAGCCCCAGCGAGAGCCCACAGGUCUGCAGCCACGGCAUAGGCACCAACCCCCUGGGCUGCCCCGACUGUGCCAGCCAGACCCACGGGCCCAGCACAGGGCAGGAUUGACCCCAGAGGGGAGCUGAACCAU